CAGUAUUUUCUUUCCGGUUGUUGGCUCCUACCGGCCCCUCCCUUACUGGCCCCUGCGCCCCCCUCCCCCCGCGGCCCCCCGCCGCCGGGCCCGCCGCCACCAUGAAGAAAUUCUUCCAAGAGAUCAAGGCCGACGUCAAGUUCAAGAGUGCGGGGCCCGGUCAGAAGCUCACUGAGUCGGUGGGGGAGAAGGCCCCCAAAGAAAAGCCCAGCAAGCCGGCGCUCCGGCAGCCCCGCCAGGGACCCACCGAUGAGGCGCAGAUGGCGGCCGCGGCGGCCCUGGCCCGGCUCGAGCAGAAGCAGCCCAGGGCGCGGGGCCCCACGUCACAGGAGUCCAUCCGGAGCCAGGUGAGAAAGGAACUUCAAGCUGAAGCGACUGUCAGUGGGAGCCCAGAGGCCCCAGGGACCAACCCGGUGCCCAAGCCCAAAGAGGAGGGCUCGACCCACCUGGCAGUGCCCGGAGUGUACUUCACCUGCCCGCUCACAGGGGCCAUCCUGAGGAAGGACCAGCGGGACGCCUGCAUCAGAGAGGCCAUUCUCUCGCACUUUUCCACCGACCCAGUGGCCGCCUCCAUCAUGAAGAUCCACACGUUCAACAAGGACCGGGACCGGGUGAAGCUGGGCGUGGACACCAUCGCCAGGUACCUGGACAACAUCCACCUGCAUCCCGACGAGGAGAAGUACCGGAAGAUCAAGCUUCAGAACAAGGUGUUCCAGGAGCGCAUUAACUGCCUGGAAGGGACCCACGAGUUUUUUGAGGCCAUCGGCUUCCAGAAGGUGCUGCUUCCGACCCCCAACCAGGAGGGCCCCGAGGAGUUCUACGUGCUGAGCGAGGCCGCCCUGGCCCAGCCCCAGAGCCUGGAGCAGCACAAGGAGCAGCUGCUGCGCGCCGAGCCCGUGCGGGCCACACUGGCCCGCCAGCGCCGGGUCUUCCGGCCCUCGCCCCUGGCCUCCCAGUUCGACCUGCCUGCGGACUUCUUCAGCCUCACGGCGGAGGAGCUCAAGCGAGAGCAGCGGCUGCGGUCAGAGGCCGUGGAGCGGCUGAGCGUGCUGCGGACCAAGGCCAUGCGCGAGCGGGAGGAGCAGAGGGAGAUGCGCAAGUACACGUACACGCUGCUGCGCGUGCGCUUUCCCGACGGCUGCCUCCUCCAGGGGACCUUCUACGCCCGGGAGCGGGCGGCAGCACUGUACGCGUUUGUCCGGGAGGCCUUGCAGAUGGACUGGCUGCCUUUUGAGCUGCUGGCCUUGGGAGGGCAGAAGUUGUUGGAGGACGAGAACCUGGCCUUCAAUGAGUGCGGGCUGGUGCCCUCGGCCCUCCUGACCUUCUCGUGGGAUGCAGCCGUGCUAGCAGACAUCAGGGCUGCGGGGGCCCAGCCAGACUCAUCUGUCCUGAAACCCGAGCUCCUGUCGGCCAUCAAGAAGCUCUAAUGAAACAAAAGCAGGGUUGGCUUCAGCCCCUGUGGGGUCUGUCUCAUGCUCUCUCCCUGCUUCCUCCACACUCCUCUCGUCCCCGGUCCCCCCACCACUCCGGGGCCUCCCAGCCUCCUCCGGAACCUCCUCCUGCCCACGGGCACCACAGGCAUGGGGAAGGGUGCUGGUUGGCCGUGGACGUGUGCCGAGACUGCCACCUGGAUGGGGCAGCCACUAGUAGCCUGCUUAGAGAAGCCCAGGCCCAGUCCCCGUGUGCUGUGGCCCCAGUGGCUGCGGCUAGCCCUGAGGUGACUGGCACAAGAACGAGACACUGGGCCUGUCAGGACACGGUGUGUAAAAUUCUAAACCUGAAUAAAUAGGGUGUUUGACUAGUUUCCCGGUGGUGAGUUGAAGCCGUGGGAGGCAGCAUAGGGUGGCAGCUCUGCAGAGCUGCCGGCAGGCGAGGCCCGGCCGUGGCUCCCGGUGAAGUGGGGCCAGGCGGACACCCCGCGGCCACCUGGGCACCCAGGAGCCCCUCAUGUCUGAGGCGAGCUCUUCACUUCCUGCACCUUCCUAAUUGUUGUCCCCACCAGCCUGAUGAGCCAGCCCUGCUGAGCGCUUCCCAGGGCCCCGGAGCCUUGCAGGCCCCACAGGGCAAGCUCCCCCAGAUGUCCACAUCCUCCUCCCUGGAACCUGUGAAUGCAUUACUUCAUGUGACACAGGGACUUGGCCUGUGAUUGAGGAUGAGAUGGGAGGUGGCCCUGGGUUAACCUGGUGAGUUCUGAUGUGUGGAGGAAAACAGAAGGGAUGCGGAGAUGUGGAGGAAGGGGCCACAUGCCAAGGUUGGCCUCCAACAGCUGGAAGAGGGACAUAAACAGAUUCCCCCAGAGCUUCCAGCGGGAACCAGCCCUGCUGACACCUGAUUCUGAGCCAGUGAGGCCCUUGUCGGACUUCCACCCCCCAGAACUGCCGGUAGAACAAGUCUGGCGGUUCAUUGCAGCAGCCAAGGGGAGCCAACACAGACGGGGGGCCAAGGCCUGGAGGGAGUGGGCACUCGCCCCUGGUCACACCUCUGCCAGGAGACACCUGAGCCCCCGCUUCUGACCACUCAUCUGGAUCGUCCCCUCCCUCUCACCUGCAGCCUGGCCCCGGGCUGUGGCCCCUACUGGACCCUUGCCUUCACGGAGGCCAGUGGUGGCUGGUUCUCUGGCCACUGUGAGAUUAAAGCAUCCAGGCCCCAAAUGUGAUUAGAACAAAA